UUAUAGUCUUCUCUCCUUCUUUGUUCAAUUAUCGAUUGUAGCACAUUUAAUAAACGAUAGUAUCAAGCUAUCGACAGUAGAACAUUCGAUACUGCAUACUGGGUGCCCGUUGGCCCGUCCGUUGCUCCCCACGGACAAGUGUUUGUUGGAGUUUUCCUAUCCAAUUUGCAUUUUUAAAAAUGUUUGGGCUUCUUAGAUCUUUUCAAAAAAUUUCAUCGAGUUUUUCUCAAGUACGCAAUAUUGUGACUACAAGCCGUGGUUCUCCAAUGCGUAGCAUCCUGGCAAGCAACAACUCCAGCAUGUUAUCAGCACUGCCAGGUGGCAUCAGUGAUCCCUGGUCUCUGGGGUCUGUUCGAACCUCAAUAGUCAAUACGUUUCCAUAUCCCAGAGAAACAAAACGAGUCAGGGUACAUGGAUUCAAAAAACGUAUGGCGACGCCGGGAGGCAGGAAAGUACUUAUGAGGAGAAUAUUGAAAGGCAGAUUCAUAUUGUCUCAUUGAAACGCAGCUACUCAAUUUUUGUAUGAUAUUUCAAUUAUUUUUGUUCAAUAAGCUUCAGAGUUUUGAAAAGAAUAAUGAAUGGCCUUUGUUAGUUUAGACUCGAACAUGAUUUUUCAAUAUUAUGUUAAUUAGUUUAAUAAUAAAUCAUUAUAUCCUCGA